AAUGCGCGAAAAUGAUGAACAAAGAUCGAAUUUGAAGGUGAACGACUCCGAUUUCCCCGAAAAUAUUUCUUUAAGCCAGCGGUUACAAUCUACUCGUGAUAUAUGGUUCCUGAAAGUCGAUAGGCAGGAAGUGAACGAACUUUUAAGGGAUACAAAUCCCGGGAAUUUCAUAGUACGAGUCACUAGUGAUUCAACAGUUGAAAAUCAAAAGCUUGUAUUAUCCGUUCAUAUCGGAGAGAAUAUACUGCAUCAUUAUAGAAUUGAAGAAUCUCCAGACGGUAUCUACUUGGCAGAAUCUAAAUUUGUUUCCCCCACAAUAAUCCAUCUUCUUGAGCGAUAUUCAACUCACUCAUACGGAUUAGAAACUUUGUUAAAGUUGCCUACACCUAUAUGGAGUACAGCUUCUGCAAACGGAUUACGAGAGCUAAAUAAACUUGGAAAGAAUUUUUGGUUAACUUUUUGUCCUAAUAUACAAAUGUCGUGUGCACCUCCUCCACUUCCUAACGACGUUAAGAGACGUCCUAAACCACGUCCAAUCAAUCACCCUAGACCUAACGAAUCGUCCCGUCACUCAUCGAUUGUAUACGAUUCGAAUACAAAAUCAGAGAAAUUCAGCGACGUCCAAAUAGAAACAAACGUGUUUAGGAGAAGGUCGUUCUAUGAUAAUGUUAAUGAUUCAAAGGCCAAGGUCAAACCAGUCGAUACGGAUCGUUAUUCGGAUGUCACUGAAUUUAGUACCCCAUGGCAUAGUGAUGUAUGGUUUGCCCUUCGUGUAGCUAGCGAUUCCGCUCAAAUGAGCGUCGACGAUUCCGAAGUUCCGGAUACUUCCGCCGUGGAAUAUGUUCAUCCGUUUCUAAACGAUGCUACAUCGUAUGAAGAAUUCAGCGAUAAUACUAAAGUAGAACAAGAUUUAGCAUUUCUCUGCCCUGAAACUUUAGACAUUCCUCAAUUUAAUGGAGAUGGUCAAAGGAGUCCUGCUUGGGAAAUAUACGAAUUCGUUGUUAACAUGAAAAGUGAUACUUCAACUUUUGGAAGAAGUAUAAUCGAAUUCUUAAAAUGUACAAAGAAUUCCAAGCAAACUGAUCCCUACUCAAUUACCAGAAACAUUCGACAAUUUAUGGACGGUAUGAAAAAUUAUCUCUUGCAUUCACCCGAAGAAAAUAUUCGUCACGUGAUCGAUAGUUACGCUUUAAAACUGGAACCUGGUACUUUUCUCAAUUUGAAUGCCAUAUACGAAUAUACUUUAAACGAACUAGUUGUAAAUGACCUAAAGGAUUUGGUUUUUGAAAAAUUUAUGAACCAUCAACAAAAAGACAUAGAAUUAUUAAGAGAGGGACUUAAGUGCGCUAAAUCAACGUCCGCCGAGCAACUGGGCUUACCGGCGCAAAUGGAAAGUAGACUAAAUGAUACCAUGAUGGGAAUUAUAGAACAUUUUCUUGUCAAUAUGAGAAAGGCCUCAUCUCCGUUAAAAAAAUUAGAAAAUUUAAUUGGCGCCCUCUCGAAAAUACAAACAUUGAGUUCUAUAAGAAUAGAUUUAUUGAAUAAUCGAUCAAUAAGCAACGUCUUCUUAUCAUCAUUAAUUUUUGUCUUUUCUCGACUUGGAGUCUAUACGGAUGAGAUAGAGAUUAAUUACAUGUGGGCUUUACUUCAACCUGCUUCAACGUGUGGCGAAUCUGGUUACUAUUUAUCAACCUUAGGAUCAGCCCUGCACGUUCUCAAGUACUUACCUUAUAUUUUUGGUAAAGAAGCGGCAAAGGAGGAAUUAACCGACUUGUACUCAAAGUUCGAAGGAGUUUUACAAAUUGCCGUUAUCGAUAAAGUAAGAAAUAGCUUUAUCAUCAAACCCAUACCAGUUCGUCCGAAGAUGACGGUUCGCGAAGCAACGAACAUGCUGGCCCAUAGAUUAAGGAUAUCAGAUUCGAAUGACUACGGUCUUUAUGCAGUCGUUAGAGGAGUCGAGGAUAAACUAAAAAGUCAUUUCGUAUUAACGGAUAUUAAGGCUCGAAUAGAAAAAUAUGGAGAGGAAGUCGCCUUCGUCUAUAAAACGGUUUCAUCGAAAUGUGUUUGGCCAAAGAAUUUUACACUUUAAAAAUGAUAAUAAUAAUAAAAUUUUUUUGCUUGUUUCCCAUGUGCUUUCGAUUAAUCAUGCAGACAACUGAAAAUUCAUAGGAAAAGAUAUCCCUCUUUUGAUGGCUAGCGCCAUCUGCAUACCUAGUUCAAGGAUUAUGUUUCAUAUAUAUAUAAAUAAAAUAGACACAACAUAACAAAUGUACAGAUUUAUACAAUGUAGUUUACAGGUAUGCAAUGUUAGUUGAUAAGUAUACGGGUGAUUAUCAUUACAUGUACUGUAUAUAUUUAUAUAUACUGAUAUUUGAUAACACAGUUUUUACUUAUUUCAACAUUGUUUGUCAGAUAAAAUCAAACAAGAUGUAUAAUAAACGUCAAGCUUUUAGUUUAUAAAAUAAAAUACUGUGUAUAUAUACUGUAAUUGUACCUGGCGUCUCUGUAAAUAUUUAAAUCAAGGACAUAUAAAAUUCUAAAU